AUGGUUCAACAGAAAGAAGGAAAGGCAAAGGCUGUUCUGACCAUAYAMCCCAAAUCCUCCCAGAUAUUCAGAGGAGAAGCUGUCACUCUCAGAUGCAACAUACAGAGGSGARAAGUCACUGACUGGAAAUACACAUGGAGCAAGGAUGAUGUAAACUCCUUCAGUAGGGAGAAUGAAUAUGAGAUCAGUGAGGUUAAGAUGUCAGACAGUGCUGACUACAGGURUMUGGGUAYACGUAUUACUAAUCAGCAGAAGCAUUCUGAGUGGAGUGAUAUAGUCAGACUGACAGUGACAGCUCUGCCUGAAACUACACUGACCGUAUAUCCAAACCCUGCAUACAAUGGAGAGACAGUAACUCUGACGUGUUCAGUGGGGUCUGACAGUGGCUGGAGGUAUACAUGGUACAAAGACAACACUAAGAAAGUAGUGACCUUGUCUGGCAGACACACUACAAKAGGAGRRACCUUCACCAUCAGUAGAGCUGCUYAGUCUGACCAGGGUCUCUACMGGUGUCAGGGAGAGAUCCAGURCAGAUCCAUAUCAUCAAUCAUCAGUGAUCCUGUCACAAUCACUGUGAAAGCCCUGCCCAAAGCUACACUGACCAUAACACCAAACCCUGCAUACGGUGGAGAGACAGUAACUCUGACGUGUUCAGUGGGAUCUGACAGUGGCUGGCGCUACACAUGGUACAAAGACAACACUAUUAAAGUAGUGACCUUGUCUGGCAGACACUCUACAACAGGAGCCACCUUCACCAUCAGUAGAGCUGCUGAGUCUGACCAGGGUCUCUACUGGUGUCAGGGAGAGAUCCAGAGUCGAAUCAUAUCAUCAUCAUCAGUGAUCUCGUCACAAUCACUGUGA